AUGACAAGUACAAGUACAAACAAUGGAGUUGAGGUCCAGCAGCGUAGGAGAUUGUCGGAUUUCUCACGAAGUGUGAAACUGAAGUAUGUGAAACUGGGUUACCAUUAUCUAAUAAGCCAUCUUCCGACGCUUUGUUUGGUGCCUUUGAUGUGUGUUAUCGUGGUGGAAGCAUGCAGGUUAAGCCUUGAUGACAUCCAUGCAGUGUGGGCCCAGCUCCAGUGCAACCUCUUCACAGUCACCCUCUUGUGUUCCCUCCUUGUGGUUCUGUCCACCGUUUACUUCAUGUCCCGGAAAAGAUGCGUUUACUUGGUGGAUUUCUCUUGUUAUCUGCCGCCUUCACAUCUCAAGAUCAAGCACGAUUAUUUCAUGGAAUAUUGCAAGGCGGAGAGUGGUUUCGAUGACUCGUCUUUGGAGUUCCUAGGCAAGAUUAUGGAAAGAUCAGGGCUGGGAGAGGAAACCUGCGCCCCCGAAACAAUGCGUUCUAUUCCCCCAAGACCACCCUUGAUCGCUGAUGCAAGAAAAGAAGCAGAAAUGGUGAUGUUCGGUGCUCUGGACAAACUCUUCGCCAACACCAAUGUUAAGCCCAGAGACGUCGGGAUCCUUGUCGUUAAUUGCAGUAUACACAACCCAACCCCUUCAUGGUCAGCCAUGAUUAUCCAUAAGUAUAAGAUGAGGAGUAAUAUCAAGAGUUUUAAUCUUGGCGGCAUGGGAUGCAGUGCCGGUGUUAUAGCCGUUGAUCUCGCUAAGGAUAUGUUGCGAGUUCAUCGGAAUAGCUACGCCGUUGUUUUCAGUACCGAGAACAUGACGUACAAUUGGUAUUCCGGGACCAAGAAAUCGAUGCUCAUAUCGAAUUGCUUGUUUAGACUCGGUGGUGCCGCCGUUUUGUUGUCAAAUAAUUCCUGGGACCGGAAGCGGAGUAAGUACGAGCUCGUUCAUGUUGUGAGGACACAUCUGGGUGCCGAUGAUAAGGCGUUUAAUUGUGUUAAACAGGAGCAAGAUGAUGAUGGGAAAACAGGGGUUUCUUUGUCUAAAGAGUUGAUGGCAAUUGCUGGUCAUGCACUUAAGACUAACAUCACUACACUAGGUCCCCUUGUUCUUCCUAUAAGUGAGCAACUUUUAUUCUUUGUGACAUUGGUUGCCAAGAGAUUGUUCAAUGCCAAAAUCAAGCCUUAUAUCCCGGAUUUCAAGCUCGCAUUCGACCAUUUCUGCAUUCACGCCGGUGGGCGGGCUGUGAUCGAUGAGCUCGAGAAGAAUUUGCAGCUUCUCCCGGUACAUGUUGAGGCCUCUCGUAUGACACUCCACCGGUUCGGUAACACAUCAUCGAGUUCGAUCUGGUACGAGCUGGCUUAUACAGAGGCGAAGGGCCGAAUGCGUAAAGGGGACCGCGUUUGGCAGAUUGCUUUCGGAAGCGGUUUCAAAUGUAACAGUGCAGUUUGGUUGGCCCUCGUGAAUGUUAAGCCCUCACCUAGUAAUCCCUGGGAAGACUGCAUUCACAGGUAUCCAGUGCAGCUUCAGCUGUAGUAGCAUAAGCUGGGAAAUGUUCUAUUUAGUAAUAUAACGGUGUCGUUUUACUUAAA